CCUCAUGCUUCUUCGCUCAGCAUAUAUCUAUGCUUCUCCAAGAAGAUCACUCUGUUUUCCCAGUACUUUUGCUGCAAACUUCAUUAGGGCUUCGCACUCUCCCCUGCGCCUCAGCACACUUCACACCAACAACCCCCUCAAUGUCUGUUGCACCACUCCAAGAGGCACAUCAGGUGGCCAGCGUGUCAGCGUCGCCUGCGUCACUCGUCAGAAGCACAUGCCGUGGCAAGGACUGCGGAGGCCACGCCACCACACUGUCGCCUGCAGGGUGAUUCGUAUCGUUAUUGUGUUGCUUGGGAAGAGUUCAAGCCCUCAACAAGAAAUAGACGCACCUCCUUCCUCACUCCUCCUGAACCCAGACUCAAGUAUUGUUACCGUCACUCACCACAAAUGA